AUGGUAUUCCACGUAUUUGAAGCCACUGUUCCUCCUCCUCCUCGGCCAGACAAUAAAGCGAGACGCGGCUACUAUACUCGCACUGUACUGUGUGAAGCUGUGAAACAGGCAAUGCUCGGCACGAUGACAGUUACAGAAGCGGCUCGUUUUUACAAAAUUCCUAGGACAACGAUCCAGAAACACGUUAGCAAAGCACGUGAGCAACACAACCUGAAAGAACACUACAUUCGCCGAAUGGAAGCAGUUCGACGAGGACUUGAAGGUCGAAUGCCUGAAAGAGACGUACAGCGUCGGCUAUCCGAGCAACGAGUGGAAUACCUGAUGUCCUGUGGAUUGGAGGCUUGGCCGAAUGUAUCGAAUGAUGACUCUGCUCCUACUCAUUGGAGACAACAACCAGUACGAAUAGACUCUGAUUCUCCCAAAUACCUUUGCAAAACAGAGUGCUCGUUUGAAAAUGACAUGAUAGUUGCGGAACAAUGUGAGGUUCACAGUGAAGAAACAAGCAGCGCCAGACCUCGGUUACUCGAUUUAGAACAAGAUAGCGAACGAACGAAGGAGUCAACUACAGAUUGUGUGUCUGAUCGUCAUGCUGCUAAAAUUUCCGUAAAACCAAUAACACGAGUCGUUUUGAAACGAGAAGGAAAAGAUGAUAUCGUUAAGGAGAUAUCUUUGAAGGUGUUAAUGCCAAAACCCUGUAUGGCGUCUCAACGCGGCGUUUUCUUGAAGGAUAGUUCAUCAUCGUCUUCGUUGGCAUAA